AAUUUAACGAGGACGAAAGGACGAAAAGCACACAAGGACACUUCGCAGUAGCAUCAUGCAGCUCUCUGGAAAGGUAGCGCUGGUGACCGGCGCCGCUCAGGGCCUGGGGAAGGGCUGCGCAGAGGCUAUUCUUGAGCGAGGAGCGAAGGUGGCGCUGUUGGAUACGAACGAAUCGGCAGGACAAGAAACAGCGGCUGACUUCGCCCUGAAGUACGGGGCCGACAGGUGCACGUUUAUUCUGUGCGAUGUGACGGCUAAAGACCAACUAGAAGGUGCGUUCCAAAAAGUGGUGGAUCAUUUUGGUGGGCUGGACCUGGUUGUAAACAACGCCGGGAUUCUGAACGAAGUUCAGUGGGAAAAGUGCAUCGACGUCAACUUGGUAUCCGUGGUGCGCGGUUGUCAUCUCGGGUUACGCUACAUGGGAAAACAAAAUGGCGGCAACGGUGGACUCAUCAUCAACAUGUCGUCUGUAGCAGGUUUAUACGCCUUCCCUUCGCCCGUGUACGCAACCACAAAGGCCGGUGUUGUGGGCCUAACAAGGAGCCUUGGGAUGGACUACAAGUUGGGAAGGGACUGUGUCCGUGUGAACGCUCUGUGUCCGUCAUUUACAACCACAGCAAUCCUCGCCGACCCUGAAGUCCCUGAAGAUCAGUAUCAGCAUAUGAAGGACAUGCUCGAAAGGGGAGGUGGCCUUAUGCAGAUUCCUGACGUAGUUAAAGGCCUCGCGAAGCUGUUGGAUGAGGAUGACAAGAACGGUGCAGUUCUGGAGGUGACUGUACAGGGCAUGAAGUACCAUGGGGACGAGAGCGGGCCCUGGGACCGCGAGUCAGGGACUCACCAACCAAACUUAUGCAUUGCUUAAUGUGAUAUGAGCGUAUUUUCCCACUACCAAAGUGGCAGCUAAUGUUA